AGGGAUACUUUUGGUUCAAGCAUGCCAGGCGACGGGGGCCAUCCCUCCCCCUGCCAGGCGUGCUCGCGGAAAUUCUUGCGAAAAGCAACACCGAUGGCCCUCUUUCGCGUGUCUCUGCUACUCGUCUCCUCGUCCUCGGCGUUGGCGCAGGACCUCCCGCAGCAGGAGCUCGACCCCGCGCUCGCAGCGGACGACGAGUGUUCCGCUCCCGGCGGCGGCGAGCCCUGCGGCGUGACGCUGCUCCAGGCCCGUGCUUCGAAGGACGUCGGGACACAGCUGCCGAGCUCGCGCGCGGGCCCCGGCGAGGUGACCUCCGCGGCGCCCGGCGAGGGGAGCUCCGGCACGGUGGGCUCCACGCGGCCUGGCGACGUGCAGCCCGCUGCGGAGCAGUCUAUGCUGGCCCGCGCCGCGCAGCCGACCGCGUGGUUCGUCACGCACCAGUGGUGCCAGGGCGGCAGCGCCCAGCAGUGGGACGGGCAGUGGGACGCCCGAGUGGUGCAGGGUGCGAGGCUCUGGGCCAAUCAGUGCCAGCCGGCGCUGUGGGACCGGGGUCUCUCUGUGGUCUACACGUGCGGGGGUGAUGUGCGCAACUCGGGCGCCAACCUCUCCGCGGUAGUGUACGGGAACGAGGUCUGCGCAGGAGAGCCCCUGCGGACGAUGUCCAUGAGGCCAGACGGGUGCAUGGAGUUCCCAGGCAUAUUCGUUGGGAUGGCCAGAUUUUUCUGCAUGUGCGGGUUCAUGCCGCAUCGUGGGAUGCCCCUGAUCGACUAUCAGUCUUGCUGAUCACCCCGCCUCGGGGGGCUCCGGGCUGGGCAGCAAGCCAACAGGCCGUUCUCGGGGACACAGCGCGCAGGGGCGCCCCUCCCCUUCCCCUGCCAUGCCUACUCCUCCUGCCCCCCUCCUUAUCCUCGGCCCCUUCUGCUAUGCCACUGCAGGCCCAGAGGAGUUUUCUGUUGGCGCGCGUCAAUCACCGCGGCGGGCGGCCAUGACAGAAGGGGCUGCCGCGAGUGUCUCCGGCGCCUGUUGCGGUGGGCCGCGGUGCGACUUUAGAGGUUGGGCCAAGGUAGCGACGCCGGGAAACGGCGAGUGAUGGCGGGGUGGCGGGCGGGCAGCCGCACUCGACGCUGAGGGCUCUUGCUUUUCAGCUGCUGCCGCCAGUGUUCAUCCGGGCAUGUCCCUCAACAGGAGGCAUAUUCAAGAAUAGUCCAACCAUAAUCUGGAGACGAUUUUUCUAUUCAAUUUCUGGACUAUUUGUUCAUGUGUUCUUUUUCGUCCAAAGUCCACCUCUAGAGGGACACGCUCGACCAUUCUAAGUCCAGUGUGGUGUGCUGUCCCUCGCGCGGAGUCUCGGGCCACGCGGCGGUGCAGAAGGCGCCUCGCAGCCCCUGGUCCUCUGCCGCCGCGGGCUCCUAUUCUGCCCUGCACCGCUUGGGCACGGGUAGGAUGCUUCACCCGAUGACCUCGCCGGCCUCGCGCCGCAGCCGCGCCGCCUCCAGGCGCGCAGCGGUCGGUCGUCACGCCGAGCCGGGGUCAGCUGCCCGCCGCACGCCUGGGCGCCCGGCGCACCCUGGUCGCAUUGGCCUCCGCACAGGACCUCGCGCGCGGCACGGGUAGGAUGCUUCACGAUCAGGUUAGAAAAAAGGGAAAGUCCCACUAAACCCAGUUCUGGCAAUGCCCGAGUUUCACCCGAUGACCUCGCUGGCGCGGCCCGUCGAGCGACGAGAUCAGUUUUCGAAAAAAAGGGAAAGA